AUGUCAGACCUAAAGCUCUACGAUGUGGUUAUCGUCGGCGGUGGUCCAGUCGGACUCGCUGCAGGUUACGAGGUAGCCAAAGCGGGGGCAAAUGUCAUGAUUCUCGAGCAAAACAACUUCUUCAACCAAGCAGGAAGCUCUGGCGAUUUGGCUCGCAUGUUUCGUACCAUGUACACUGAAGACUUCAUGGCCGAACUUGCUACCAAAGCCAUGAAGCAUUGGGACGCUCUUGAGAAAGAUGCUGGCGUAUCUCUUCGCUGGAUGGGCGGCUUGCUCAACUUUGGAGAUAAGAAUAUGGGCGGUGACACGCCUGAGGGAACUUUACUGGGACCUAUCGAUAAUUUGGACAAGUUUGAUAUGCAUUACAAAAAGCUCUCGGUGAAGGAUAUUGAAGACCAGUAUCCAUUCAAAAACUUGAAGAAAGACUGGAUGGGUCUCUUUGCACCAGACAAUGGAGUCAUCAAUGUCCAACUACUGCUACGAACCCUUUACAGUUUGGCGAGAGACUACGGUGCCGAUGCCAAACAACACACUGAAGUCAAGCAGAUCCGUCCAACAGACAAGGACAAGUCUAUAUGGGAAGUUCAUGGAACUGUUCAUGACAAUCCGGUGACUUACUUUACCAAGAAGAUCAUUAUCACAAGUGGAAGCUAUGUUAACCAUGUCUUGAAACCCAGUUUCGGAAUUUCCCUAGGGCUGGAGAUCUGGGAGAUGGUUGCGACAUAUUUCAACACCAACGCCGGCCCCAACGGCACUAUCUUCCCUAGCAUGUGGUUUCAGUUUGCUCCGUCUGUGAACAAAAGGUCUCGUCUGUUUUACGGAUUCCCCGCCCUUCCAUGGGGUCCGCCUAAUGUAGUCCGAAUCGCUGUCGAUGCUGCAACUCGAACAAUCAAAGAUCCAAGUAAGCGCCAAACUCAUGUCCUCAGCCCGGAAGACAUCAAGGAUACCCAAGAUUUCGUGAGAGACCACGUCGUCGGUGUCGAUCCUACAGUCCCAGCAUCUACCGCCAGCUGCCUACAGACCAAUGUUUUUGAUAACAUGUUUGUUCUCGACUUCUUACCCAAGAAGUAUCUGAAUGGAGGUGCCGAGAAGACUAUCGCUAUAUUCACUGCUGGUUGGGCGAUGAAGUUUGUGCCGACUCUGGGCAAAGCGCUAUCCGAGAUGGUUCUGAAGGGUGACUCUGAGUAUAAACUCAAGGAGUUUGCGAUUACUCGUCCUGCACCUGCUGGGAAAGAGGAAAUCAUUCAAGAGAACUGCGAGUCAGCUGAGGGGGACAAGAUGGCAACAAUGUCGUUCCAGGCAUCUGGUUGCGAACAGGCUCAAGGUUCUUCAUGUGGCAGAAGGGAGUUAGCACAGGAGGCCUGA